AAACACUAAUAAAUUGAUGAUUGAAGAGAAGACAAACAAUGUCUUAACUGAUAAUAAAUUUACAAAAAGGUUAAGAAAGAAAAACAUUGAAAAUGACAAAAGUAUUGAAGCAAAUGAUGAGUCAAUUAUUGAAUCAAAUGAAUGGACAGAUAGUGGACAGGAAUGUCAACAAAAAGACAAUAAUUUCAAUUGCAGUCCAAUUGAGGAAAUGAGAGGUGAACCAGAAUGGUAUCGCUUCCAGACAUCAACUUCAACACCAAAUUCAUUGAAAGACACUCUUCCAGAUUUAAACAUUUCGAGUAUUAGUUGUGAAAGUAAUGACUCAAAUAUGUUGUUUAACCGACAAAUAUCUCGUUUUCAGAUAACCGAUGAGUUAAUCAAUUCAUGCAUUUUUGAUGAAUUUGAACCAAACGAAGAAAAGUCUUUGAUUAAUACAAGUGAUAAAUAGGUGUAUAAAACAUAUAAACAGCAAAACAUAGUUUGAUUUAUUUUGUAUAAAAUACUUAAAUUUUUGAAC